AUGCGCAGCAAAACUGGAAAUUUUAUUAAACGUGUGGAUGAGAACUGGAGCAAAGGCCUCUACCGCCCGAUCCGAAUCCAGUGCCACAGUGACACCACCAAGGGCGUCUACUGCCUGCAGUACGAUUCGGAGAAGAUUGUCAGUGGUCUGCGCGAUGACACAAUCAAAAUCUGGCGUCGUGUGGGCUCGCGCUCCAGGAGCGGUGCCUCGUUAGCGGGACGUCCAAGAUCCGGAGUGGGCGCCAGCGCG